AUGCAUCUGAACCAAAAAUAUGUGAAAUUGACGAAUCCAGAGAAAAUAUUGAAGAAUAUUCUCUUCCUCGUACAUUUUCUUUUUACGAUGCAGAUUUAAGAGAUUUAGUCACCGGAGAAUCCUCAAAUACAUUACGGAAUAAUGAUGUUGGUGCAACUAACAUGGAAGUUGUUUAUGAUAAAGAAUUUAAUUCAUUUUAA